AUGGCCUCACCAUCUCCAUUCGACAACGUCGAGUUCCCUCCGCUCUCAGCAUUGCCCUUCCGCGGAGGAGAUCCCAAAGGCGAAUCCGACACCCCCGCCAUCUGGGGAUUCUACGAGCACCUCUCCGGCUCAUCCACGAAAGACGAGCUCGGCGCACUCAACCUGCUCACCCCCACUCGCAUCCUGUGCGCCGCGCAGACCCAGAUCCAAACAGGCCGUGUGUUCAGCCUCAACUGGGAGCUGCAUAAGCCCAAUCCAGCGGGGAUGCGCAGGAAGGGGCUGGAGCAUCGGGUGUUCCGUGUGGAUGCGGUCCCAGUGACGUCUGUUGUGGACGACGAGGUGAGCCUGAAUACGCAGUGUGGGUCACAGUGGGAUGGGUUUCGGCAUUGGAGUUAUUAUGAGACGGGGCAGUUCUACAACGGGUUGAAUGUCAGCGAUGUCCUGACCGCUGAAGGGAAAGGGUGCAGCUCGGCUUUCGACAAUCCUGGGCGAAACGGAAUACAAGCUUUCCAGGGAAAGGUAGUCGGACGAGGGAUCCUCCUCGACUACUUCUCCUAUGCCCAACAAAAGGGUAUCAAUGUCCCAAACCGCCAUCACGGAAUCACUGCCCAGGACUUGGACGAAUGCGCCGCACUUCAAGGAGUGUCAUUCGAGCAAGGAGACAUCCUCUUUAUCCGAAUGGGUUUCAUUCAUUGGUACGAGAACGCCACGGAGGAGGAAAGACGGGCGACGCAAUUGGGACCCACCAAUGUUGUGGGAAUGAAGCAAGGCCAGGAGGAGAUUGAAUGGUUAUGGAAUCACCACUUCGCGGCAGUGGCUUCAGAUGCUCCUGCAUUUGAAGCUAGGCCCAAUCCGCUUCCUUGGAAUCUCCACGACUAUUUGUUGGCUCUGUGGGGUACUCCGAUAGGCGAACUGUUCGACCUCGAAGGCCUAAGCAAAGCAUGUCGCGAGUUGAAUCGAUACACGUUCUUCGUGACUUCGAGCCCGUUGAAUAUCGUUAACGGCAUUGCCAGUCCUCCAAAGUGUGUCCAAUCAAGCGCGGACGAUGUCGUUCAUUAA